GUUGUUGAUAUGAUCCCCAAAACGCCUCGCUGGCCCCUGUUAGUGACCGGGCCCUUGAAGUCAUGGUCUUCUCCCCAGAAAAACGUGGUAUUGAUGGGCGAUGCAGCACACUCAAUGGUAAACCACAUGGCGCAAGGGGCCGCUACGUCCAUGGAAGACGGAGCGUUUCUCGCAAAGUGCAUCGGCGCUGUCGUUCAAGGAAAGCUGAGUCUCCAGGAGGCCAUAACUCUCUACGAAGUUGAGCGGAUUCCAAAGGCCUUCCUAAAACAGCAGAUUUCGUUCCUUAAUGGCGCCAUCUGGCACUUACCAGGUGGCCCUAAGCAGCAGGCCCGCGAUGCAGCUAUGGCUCCGGAACUUGAAGGAAAAUAUCAAGUCCGCAGCAGCAACAUUUACGGUGAUCCCCAGACAGUUCUGGAUGUUUAUGGAUAUGAUGCUGAAGCCCAUGCGGAGGAAGCACUGGCGCAUUUUACCAACGGGGAGAAGGCUGUGUAUCCAGGCACUGGCAUAGUUCCUGGCCUUGAGGAGAAGUAUAUGGGUUGGUUUAUGAAGCUGCCUGCGAACCAG